AUGGAGUUGCCUCCUGGUUUGGUUGUCAAAGGAGAAAAUAAAGUUUGUAAGCUUUUAAAGAGUUUCUAUGGUUUGAAGCAAGCAUCUAGGCAAUGGUUUGCUAAAAUGUCCACAGCAUUGCUUGAUUAUGGCUUUACUCAAAGUACUUCAGAUUGUUCUUUGUUUAUCAAGAAAUCUGAAUCAUCCUUCAUAGCCUUACUAGUCUAUGUAGAUGAUAUUUUUUUAGCAAGUGAUAGCUUGCUUGAAAUACAAUUACUCAAAACUUUUCUACAUGAUAAGUUUACAAUUAAAGACUUGGGAGAACUCAAAUAUUUUCUCGGAUUAGAGGUGGCAAGAUCUAAAAUUGGCAUAUCAAUUUGCCAAAGGAAGUAUGCUCUAGACAUACUUGAACAAGUUGGAGUUCUUGGUGCAAAACCUGCAGCUUUCCCAAUGGAAUCAAAUUUGAAGCUCACUGCUUCAGAUGCUGAUUUAUAUGAAGAUCCUUCAGCCUACAGAAGAUUAGUUAGGAGGUUGUUAUACUUAACAAUAACUCAACCUGACCUUGCCUAUUCAGUCCAAGUUCUUAGUCAAUUUCUAGCAAAACCAGCUGUUAGUCAUUACCAAGCAGCCAUUCGAGUUCUCAGAUAUUUAAAGGCAACUCCUGGACAAGGUUUAUUCUUCUCAGUUUCAUCAGAAUUGCAGCUCAAGGCUUUUUCAGACAGUGAUUGGGUAGGGUGUGUUGACACUCGAAGGAGUGUAACAGGUUUUGCCAUUUUUUUGGGCGAUUCAUUAAUUUCAUGGAAGAGUAAAAAGCAAGCUACAAUAAGCAGAUCCUCUACAGAAGCAGAAUAUAGGGCCCUUGCUUCAACAGCUUGUGAGAUUCAAUGGCUCCUUUAUGCACUGCAGGACCUAAAUGUUAACCACACAGCCAACUUUGGUUUAUACAGACAGCAAAUCAGCAUUAUCCAUUGCAACAAAUCCAGUCCAACACGAGAGAACAAAGCACAUACAGAUAGAUUGUCAUCUUAUUCGAGAGAAGCUGCAACAAAACAUCAUCAAGCUCUUUCAUGUCCCUUCAAGAUUACAACUAGCAGAUAUUUUAACCAAGCCUCUAGGCUCUCUUCCAUUUCAUCAUACUUUCCGCAAGAUGAACAUCCUAAAUAUACAUGUUUAUCUUGA